AGAAGAAGAAGAAGAAGGAGGAGACGUGGAAGCGGCAGAAGAAGACGAUUACCACGGAGUUCAAUGUAGCUGCGCAAGAAAACGGCAAAAACACUCUAAACCUCAAUUCGGGUCUACUUCGACACGUCGAGACACACCUCGAGUGAUGUCAGACUCUGAAGGACGCCGCUCAUCUGUGUCCUCCAUCUCUUUGAUUGAGAUUAAGAGUGAGACUCAUUUAGUGCUCCAAGCUUUUCUACAUCGCUCCCUUUUAAUUCCUCUGAAAGAGAGGCCUGGGAGGGUAGGAGGGGCCUACAACGAUCACCACAAGUACAGUUCCAACCCAAAACCCAAAACAAAGGAUGAGCGGAAUCCUCAGGUUGUCACUUCAGGAGAUGAAAAAAAGACUGGAUUCAAAGACCUCAUAAAGCAACUGCCACAUCGUAACAGCACACAACGUCCUGCCAAAGACCCUGAAGGCUCAUUGGGCAGGAAGAGCAAAGCAAAACCUGCACACCUCAAAGACAAAAGCGAAGAUGACACCUCCUGUACAUCAGAAGAGGAUGAAAGUGAAAAGAAACUAAAGAAAAAGCUCAGCCAAAAAAACAUCAAACAGAAGCUCUCCAAGAUCUUCAGUUUAAGGUUACAGAAGGAUAAGGACAAACAGGAGCGUCCGUCUCAUCCGCAGCGACCUGACACAUUACCAAUUAACAAAAAACCGGAGCCUACACCAAAUGUCAUCUCUCCCAAUCACCCUCCUGAGUUCUACAGUAAUGUGGCAGAGAAGCUGGAAAAGAUUGCCCAGAAGUCUACCAGUAUAAAGAGAAAUAGUCCCAAAACACAGCCACCAACCGUAUGUGAUAAAGAAACAAUAGUGCAGGAACUUGUCAAGGUGCUCUCUUCGGAAGGAGAUUCUAUCAAUACUGUGAUCCAAUCGGACCGUUUUCUUCGCUCCAGUUUGACCCGUCUUUCAUAUGCAUCAUUUUCCAAACUCCUGGAUGCUGUGAGCAGCAGUCAUGUAGCUGAAACUCUUUCUCAGCAACCAACAGCCAGUCCUACACUGCAACGGAUGGCUGUCAGCAUGGAAGUAUCACGGCGAAUAGUGACAGCCACGGGAACUCAGCGGAUGCAAGGCUAUGCAGAGUGCUACAUGGAGAACUUCGCCCCAUGGCUGAAAAGCAAUGGAGGAUGGGAGAAUGCAGUAACUUUGGAUGCGCAUCUAGAAUAUGACUGAGCAGUUUUUUUGUUUUUUUUUGUUUUUUCAACUAAACACCAACUGCUGGACCUGACGGGAAAGCGAAGAGGAAUAGAGAAACCUUCUCUGCUUUAAUAUGUGACUUACUUUUUCUUCCAUGGCCUUAUGUAAACACUCAGUAAUUCUUGAAGCCUUUUGAAUUCUGCUGACAUUAGAAAGACUCUCCAGGUUUUUGAUUUGCACAAGUCAUUUGUUGUUACUAAUAUAGAUUAUUUUAUAAAAAAAAAAAAAAAAAAAGGCCUGUCAGUUAAAUUGAGAAUACCUCUAACAUCAGUUUUCUGUUCUGUAGUGACUGGGCAAUUUUUGCCUUCUUCCUUUCUGUUCAGUGAAUUGGUAAAAACUCCUACUUGUUUCUGUGUCCUUAAGACGGAGUCUAAACACUUUAUUUGUAUUAAAAAAAACUGUAAAUACCA